AUGUCGCUAGCACGUAAAUUCCACAAGCGCGCUCGCGUUGCCGCGGACAAUCCCGUGCCCUCUGUUGAGAAAGAGAAGGGAUAUCCCGAAGUCCACUACCCACCAAUAAACCCCGGCGACUACAACAACAAUGAAUUCUAUUAUGAAAACCAACCCUCGCCCACACCGCCCCUGAAAGUCCCAUCCUACGUCCCCGACCAGCCCGUCAACCACGUCCCGGACUUCUCCGACUCCGACGAGGAGGCCGAGUUCAUCGGGAAAGUUGAGGCGUACUACCAGAAGAUGGAGGCGGAGAAGGGAAAAACAGGGCCGGCGCGGCUGACUGCACCCAAGCGGAAAAUCACUGAAGUCCUCUCUGACGACGAUGUCUCCGACGACGACAAGGUAGACGUCAAGGGAGAGGAAGAAGAGCAAGAAGGCGGAGAGGAGGUCGAAGAAGACGAAGAAGAAGAAGAAGCAGUGCCGAUCGCGCGGUCCGAGAUGAUAAACAACUUGGUAGACCUCCUGGAGAUGACUGGGGUCACGCUAAACUUCGUCAUCAAGUUACGAGGAGUUGAUAUUGACCCGACGGACCUAGAGAAGGUUAGGGAGGCGCUUGACGACUACCUCGAGGACGAAAACAAAUCGUUCGAAACGCCUACCGAGGACGCACCUGAGAACGCGGCGGCUAUGAUCGAGCGGCUGUUCGAUAUGCCGCUCCGCGAGUUCCUGCCCCUAGCAUACGAUAUUGCCCAGUUCAGGGAUGACUUGGAAGCGCAGGGAAUUUCUCUGAAUCAAGGUUAA